ACCUAACCAAAUGACACAAACCACCUGCCUUAGCCUCUCCCCACACACCCCCUCCACCCUUUUUAAAGUCACGAGACCACACUGUCCCUUGCUGUUCUCCCUUCAAUUAGAGAGAGAGAGAUAGAGAAAGAGAUAAGUCCAGAAGGGUUGGCAGAGAAACUGAUAGAGAACUUUCAAAGCUCUUUUCUCCAUCUUCACUCGACUAGCCUCUAUAUUGCAGUCUCAAACUGAAGUCUUAUAAUUUUGUAAAGCUUUAGUCAUCUUCCCAUCUGAAAGAUUGUUUACCUCUUUUUUUUUUGGCUUCUGUCUUUCUCUGUCGGUAUCAUGAGACCUGAGAAGAACCCACUAGACCUCAACAACUUGCCCGACGAUUACACUAGAGAUGGUAAACAAGUCUUUGAUGAAGGCUCUUCCUCUGGCUAUAGGAAAAAGAAAAACGGCGCGAAGGAUGGGAAAGAUGAGUGCGAUAAAGUCUAUGAGUGUAGAUUUUGCUCCCUCAAGUUCUGCAAAUCUCAAGCUCUUGGAGGGCACAUGAACCGACACAGACAAGAGAGGGAGACAGAAACUCUGAACCGAGCUCGCCAGCUGGUCUUCAACAGCGAUAACCUAGCAGCCCAAGGAGGUCAUCUAGGCUGCCAUCCCAUGGCGCCAGGAAGUUACCAUCCAUCAGGUAUUGGAGAUCCAUACAGAUCAGUGUACCCACCGAGACUAUUCUCUGGUUCUUCUUCAACUAUCUUGCCUGCAGCACCACCACAACCACCUCAUCAACCAUAUCUAUACACAUCUCCUUCGGGCCUCCCUUCCUAUCCCUCACAAUACCCUCAUCAACAACCCAUUAACGAUUACUACAUUGGCCAUGUCCUUAACAACAGCUCACAAGCAUACCCUUCACACCAAAGCAUGAACUACACAAUGGGUGGUCAAGAAUCCAAUUACACUUGCAUUGGUGCACCGGUAGGACAUGGUGGGUUUGGCGCCGGUUCGAGCCGUGGAUCGGAGGGAAGUGGUAGAGACGGGUCACUGAGCAAUCAGGAGGAAGGGUUAAAUUGGGGAAGAAGCUAUGCAGCAGGGGGAGCUGGAUCGCAGCAGCGGUUGGAUCCUCCUUCAUCGAUCAAUCGGUUUCAUGAUGGGUUUUAAAGGAUUGUGCUAUUAAUUAAUUUUCUUUUUCAAGGUGGGAUUGAUAGUUAUGAAUGAAGCAUUUAUCUGCUUUGACACGGCAACCAGAGAGAAAGGAGAGGGACCUAACAAACUGACAAAUGGGGUCAUGCAAGGAAGGAGAGAAGUUUUUGGUUAAUGUACAGGGACUGGGGCAGCUUUCUGAGCUCAUUGACACUCUCAGCUAGUUUGGCUUGGAGCAAUAGGAAUUGGAGGGGGUUUGUGUUGGAGUAAUUGUACUAUAUCCAACUAUGAAAAUGAAGGGGACUAGAGCUUGUGAGUGGGACAACGAGUUAGAUUUGAACUGAAAGUUCCUAACCCCUUUUUGCAUUUGGAGUUCGUUUUGCAUGGCAAUGUAUUUUUAUUAUUUUCUUUUAUAGUAUAUUUUUGCUUCUUGUAUAUAUUUUGCUCUUUCUAGCGUUUUUUUUUUUAA